UAGAUUUUGUAUAAAAAGCCGGAUUGUCGCAUAACUAAUCAGAGCCAUCUCAAAAUGGUUUACGCGAGUGUGCUGUGUCUGGUGGUUUUGGUCGCUUGUACUGCGGAAAGCGCACCUAGGAAUAUUAAUGCAGAAAAUGCAGAUAGUAAAAUUUUAUUUCAAUCAAGGCACAGGCGCUCCCCGGGAAGUUAUGGAGGGGGUAAUUUAGGAAGUGGAGGUGGUUUUGGAAGCGGAUUUGGAGGAGGCAGUGGAGGUGGCGGAGGUGGUGGUGGAGGCGGAGGUGGAGGUUUUGGAGGUGGAAGUGGAUUUGGAGGUGGUAAUGGUGGAGGUUUCGGAGGAGGAAAAGGAGGUUUUGGACCGCAAAUAGGAGGUUACGUUCCAGGAGGCGGUGGUUUUGGAGGUGGCGGUGGUCACGGAGGCGGAGGUGGAUUCGGACAAUUAGGAGGUCACGGAGGAGGUUUUGGAGGCAGCCCUGGUGGUUUUGGAGGUGGUAGCAGUAGUAAUAGUUUUGCCCAAGCUUCAGCAAGCUCAUCAUCUAGUUCGGGUUCAUAUGGAAAAUGAAGAUGACUUUAUAACGCGAGCCCCAAUGAAAUCUACAAGAAUCCAAUGAAGACAAGAAAACUACCAUAUUUAUUGCAAAUUUAUACAGACGUCGAAUAAUAAAUACACUUUUCUUAA